AAAACGAUUCAGAAAUGGAUCGGUUGUGACGCGGCGAAAGAUUCAAGACGCUGUGUCGCGGAGUGAACGAGUCUUCGGUGUUGCGGCAGUGUUACGCAGACGCUCAGUUCGAUCCCUAGCCGUGCCGCUGCGCGUGGAAGGCGCCGUACGCAGCCUCCUCCCAUGUGGUAAGGAAGGGGCGCCCGUCGCUCCCAUACACCCGGAUGAAAGAGCUGACAUUGACUGCACCAUGGCUGACUCUCAGAAGCAAAGUAACAAUGAAAAGGAAUCUACAAGUACUGCUUUAACAGAAGCAAUAGACUUAAUAAUGAAUUGGAAGCCAACAUCUGAUGUGUUUGCACUGAAACAUUUCAUGGUUGCCUCAGCAUUUCUCAGUACCUGUUCUGCUACUUACAUUAAUGCUCAUUAUCGCAAAGUUGUCAAACUGCGAAAUCAAGCAUUUAUGACCACACUUCUUCCUGUGAUUAUUGCACCAUCUCUUCUUGGAGGAAUGUUCCACCAUCAGUUUGUACAUCGUCCACUGAUUUUAGAAACUUUCAAAUGUCCGGUGUGUGUUGAGAUAAGAGGAGGGAUGGUGCAGUUGUUCACUGGCUUUGUCUAUCCACUAAUGUUGGCCCCAUUGGCUGCAAUGCAGUUUGCUGCCAGACUGUACACAUACCCUGUGCCAGAUGCCAAGAAACCUCUGUUGAUGUUGAUGGAGAUUUACAAGAUAACAAAACCAGUUCUACCCAGGCUUUAUAUCUUAGCUGCAUUGCAAUUCAUUGGAGGGGUGGCUUGGACUCACUGGGAAUUACACAAUCUCUAUACUGUGUUGGGAAAGCUGAACAAGAUGGAAGAAGCUCUCAAGGAUCAUCCUUCUGGUGUUCAUGUGGAGGUCAUGCCUCAACAGGAGCAUGAAUGAGUGGAGAAACUAGGAUGCUGAUGGCAGGGCAAGAAGAAUGCAGCAGCAGAGUACCCAGACUGAAAACCCAAUGAAGGAGGCAGAGACACAGAUAAAGAGGAGUGAGGACCAGCAGCAAGUGGUGGAAGUGGCCAGAGUGGAGGAACAACCAAGGAAGAUGAUAUGAGGCGUUGCGUGACGGAGGGAGUUAAGCGCCACCAUAGACGAAAUUGAGUUAUGUAUAGCACUGUCUUCGCCAGAGUCUCAGCUUUCCAGCGGUACUAAACUUAGGAGUAGGCGCCUUCAUGGUCGAAAAUCCCAUACCGUAACAUUAACUUUUCUCCGUACUGUAGCUCCGUCCGCCAUGCAUUAACCCAGCCUUCACGAGGGGAGAUAAGCGACAAGCCGAGUGACCAAUCCCUUGCUGCGUAGCGUACCGCAUAGCUCUGCCUCAGCCAAUCACUGCCUGCCGUGCAUCCCCAGCUGCCCGCGGCCCGCCACCAGCCGAGCCAGUCUACGCUAUUGUCUCCACAAGCCCUGUGUUUAUUAACUUUUUUUGUUUUUUUAUAACAUUGGUCAGCAGAUACCAUGUGAUGGCUUCUAACAGUGGUGAGGGGAGUGCCGAAGGGGGCUUAUUAUGACGUAAAACAGGCCCCAGCCCUAGUGAGUGGAAGAGAAUUGUGGCGAAAACCAAACGGAACACUGGCCAGGAAUACGUGAGCCGAGAUACAGGGAAAGUUGUAAAAAAGCGUGAGGUAGGGCCUGCAUGCAAGGAUGGUUGCUAUGAUAAGUUGGGCUUAGAUAACAUUAGAAAAUACAUGAAUCCUUUUGGCGUAUUUCUUUUCUUUUUUUCAUGUCUUCUACUCUACUUUUUCUCCUCUUAAUCUCUCUUUUGCAAUUUUGAAGAUUUUUCUUAUUGUGUUUUAUUGUUAUUUUGUAUUUUGCUAGGAUGUGAUUAUGAUUGUGUGGUUUUGGAGUCAUGUAUCAAGCACUAUAGUAGGAUAUUGAUUGAAUAAAACAAGAGGAGAAAAACGCGAUCAAAGUUUUGCGACAUUUGGAAUGCGAUAGCUAAAAAACGGAUCAAGCUAGAGAGCUGAGAUUGGUCUUAAAUAAAAGCCUAGGAUGUUUACUUUAUGCAUGGUAUAAUAUUUUUUCAAUAACUUAUCUUAGUUUUGAGAUAUAAACCGAUGACCACAUUUUUUGCCGAUUUAACACUGAAAAAACAGCUAAAAAAUAAAUUCACUGUUAAUCCCUUCAUAUUAUGGCAAGAUGAUGUGUUUAAUUUUAUGACAGACAUAAAGUAGACAUUCUAAGCUUUCUUUUAAGACCAACCCCAACUCUGUAGCUUGAUCCGUUGCUGAGCUAUCGCAUUCCAAAUGUCACAAAAAUUUGACUGCGUUUUUCUCCGUUUUUUAAUUUUUGGCGCUUAUCGCCCUAUGUCACGCAACGCCUCAUAUUCACUAAAGCCCGAGUUCAUGUCACAGGAGACAGUAUGGUGAAGAAAACCCAAGAUUUUGCAGAUGGAGGUGGAAUGCACCAACAUGCAAGGUGCAAUGAUUCGGGAUAUUAAGAAGGUACUGGAAGAGGUGAAGGAAGUGGAAGACAGGAGCUUGCUGGUGAUUCAAGGAGGAGAUAACAACUUGGAGGCAAAUGGCACCAAGGAAACAGUGAAGGAAAUGGUAGAAGUGGUCAAAGCAGCUGAAGGCAAGAUGACUGUUGCUGUGGUGGGGGUCCUGCAGUGCCCAUGAGAAGGAGCACAGUAUGAGAAUGAGAAGAGAGACAAACCGGAUGAACUGCAAGGAUCUCCUGGAGAUGAAGAUGGAAUGACUGGCUGAGAAGGGCAAUGUGAGCUUCCUGAAUGUGGAUAGGAUCCUGGACCAAGACAGGCUCUACAAAAGAGAUGGCAUGCACUUCAACUAUGAUGAAAAUCAGAACCUGAGAUGGUAAUUGGAUGAGGGUGAGGCAGGUGUGCUGUGUGGAGGCAGCCUGACGAGGAGGACCAACAGAUACCUGCAGACACAAAGAGAGGAAAUCAACCAGGUUUUCAGUUUGGGUACUCUGCUGCUGCAUUCUUCUUGCCGUGCCAUCAAUGUUAUAGUUUCUCCACUCAUUGAUGCUCCUGUUGAGGCAUGGCCUCCACAUGAACACCAGGAGCUGGAAGCCCCAACACAGGACACAUGGAACUAGACCUGUUUAGGAGCUGACACUUCAAUGGGUUUUUAUUUUCUAAUUGCAUUUUUUGUUGCCCUUGACCAGUUAAUUUCCUACAUUAAAAAAAGGAAAAUUCAAGAUGAAGGUUGGCCGCCUGGCCAAAAGGUGCACAAUCUUCUUUAGAGGCCAAAAUAAGCCUUUUAAAUUUAGUGUUAGAUCAUUUUCAAUUGAUUCCUGUAAUUGAAAUAGGUCAGUUAGGGCUCGGGAUUUAGGUGAUUAAAGAAAAAAAGAGAAAAAAAUAAAUAAUGGCAUGUGGCUGUAUGAUUUUUAGUAAAUACCCUGUCAACCACUUUUCAUUUGUCUCCAUUUUCACAAUGUAUCUGUCUGUUAUAGCCAUUUUCAUUACUUUCACAGUCUGAAUCAACUGUGUGAAUCAUUUAUCAUUGUCUUCCAUCCAAGUCAUUGUUGUUGUAAUUAUUUCAUAUGGCAAGUCCUUCCUAUUUACUUAGUAGUACUUAAUGUUUUUUUCCAUUAGAUUCCUUAGAUAUUCAGCCGCUUUCUCCCAUGCAUAGCUGCUGUUCUUAGCUUACAGAUUCCUUUGAGAUUCAUUCACUUUUUUUUUCCAUGCACAGGUCCCUCACCAACCAGCCAUGCAUGCACAUUAUUGAGUCAACAUUCUUAAUCUAUAUACUGUACCAUAUACUUAAUAUUUUCCUUGUUCUACUAUUUACAAUAUUCUUCUUGCUGUGAAUUCCUGUUUGUGAAUUUUUACCUAUUAAAUUAUUCAUCUGCUGUUCAUUAUCUGUUCCAUAUCUCACAUGGUAAAAGAAAAAAUGCAUAGCUCAUUUAGUUUUAUUAAACAUGAUAAAGCUCUAUUUUAAGUUACAUGUGAGAAUAUAACAGAACAAGGAAUGGGACUGGAACCAAUUGUGAUGAAGCAGUGUAGGCAUUAGUCCUUCAGCUGAGGUGGUGUUGGUGACAGUAGGAGGGCACACUCACAGCACAGAGCAAUGGUGGGGCUUGGCCUCAACAGCGACUGAUAAGGCAUUAAUUGCUUGCAUAAUGCUAUCAAUCUACUUUAGCACACAUCAAGUGUACCCCUUUAGUGUUCAUUUUAAUGACAGAUUCAUCAUACUGUUAAGGAAAAGCUUGGUAUUGUCUAGAUGGGAUGGAUGUCUCAAAUGGGUAGGUGUUCCCCUUGGCACACUGAGAAAAGUAUUUCAGAAGCAGAAUAAAAGGGUUGGAGAAUUAAAUGAUUAACAUACUCCUCCUCCUCUUAAAUACUUCUGCCGCUCUUUAUACACUCUUCAUAUACAAACAUGAAUAAUAGGUACAGUGACAUAAAUUGUAAAUCCUCCAGCAUACAUUCCUCAUUGGCACACUAUACAAGAAAUGAUUCAUUUCAGAAAAAUUGCAAUGUACAACAAUUCUAUAUUUCAUGUGAGUGUAUUUGUGCCCAGUGCAGCUUUAAGGUAACAACACAUCUUGUGAGUAAUUUGUAGCCUCAACUUGGUUACUGGCAACUUUUCUUUUUUUCCUUUUUAGAUAUCAAAUAUAGGACAUGCAGGUAUAUCAAUACCAGUGACCUCGGUGAUUGAUAAUGGUAACAUAAGUGUUGUUGAAGGAAACUACCAUCAUAGCUGCUAACACUGGGUGGCAGGAGACUGGUAACACCUGCCCAAAAUCAUCUCCAUUUCUGAUACAAAAAUACAUGUUAUAUCUAAGGCUACAUAUGACUAAUGUGAAUCCUCAGGGGGCUAUCUCUCAAGAAUUGAACAGAUGAAUUAAAAGUUUGCUAGUUACAAUCACGUAACAAUGAUGAUCACAUGUAUUUUGAUGGUCCUUCUGGUCAAAUAUUUUGAGCUUAAAAAACAAUUGAUGUUCAUACACUAUAUUCUGUUCAAAAUAUUAGUUUUUUACAGAAGUAUAUAAUAUAAACAACAAACCUGAAGCUGCAGUCUUCAAUCAUUAUUCUUUCACUCAACAUCUGCAUUUCAGUGUUUUGUAACCUCUCUGGAAUUACAACAAUUGGAAACCUGAGCAGCACAGUGCUUGCCAUCUCCCUCCAGUACCCACAUGUACUAGUCAUGACUUACACAUGUACUUCUCAUGAUGCACCUUCAUAUAUAUAUAUUUUUUUCCCAGUUAGCUCACUACCCCCUCACACUCUGGGCCGCCGUGAUGGUUGUCAGAACAGUCUUUGGUACAAGCCACAUCAAUCAACACCUCAUCAGCUCUUAACUGGCUACACUUGCAGAAAACUUUUUUGAGAAAGUAAUUAUACUAUGAAGUGUGAUUGGAAUGUCUUACUUAAGAAAA